AUGGAUGAGAGUGAUCAGAGCGCAGGAGCAGCAGCGGGACUCGGAGCUCCAUCACCGGGCCGUGCGCCCCCGCCGCCACACCGCGUCACCAACUUCUUCAUCGAUAACAUCCUGCGGCCGGACUUCGGGCGCAGAAAGUCGGACUCGGACUUUCUCCCGGAGGAAAGUGUGCUGAGACGGGCCGAGAGCAGUCCGACCGCGGCUCCAGGGCAGCUGGGACACGUGUCCUCGGUGGGAACCUCCAGCCCGCACACCGGGAAGGAACCGCAGACCGAGGACGAGCCACUGAGCGCCGGGGACAAAAACAAGGAGCAGUGCGUGAGCUCCGACUCCGAGCAAUCUCAAGCCAAGCAAAACAAGCCGAUCCUCUGGCCUGCCUGGGUUUACUGUACCCGCUACUCGGACCGACCAUCGGCAGGUCCCCGAACCCGCAGACCGAAGAAGAGCAGCAGCAGUAAGGAGGACAAGCGUCCACGUACGGCUUUUACGGCCGAGCAGCUGCAGCGCCUGAAGGCCGAGUUUCAGUCGAACCGCUACCUGACGGAGCAGCGGAGGCAGAGCCUGGCCGGCGAGCUCGGCCUCAACGAGUCGCAAAUCAAAAUCUGGUUCCAGAACAAGAGGGCCAAGAUCAAGAAGGCCUCGGGCAUCAAGAACUCACUGGCGCUGCACCUCAUGGCACAGGGUCUGUACAACCACGCCACCACCUCCAAGGACGACAAAUCAGACAGCGACUGA